GGAACAUGUGCGGGUGUUUGGGCAUGCGAGACGUAAACACGGAUGUUGAUGUCGUUUAGCUGAAGCUGUCGGUUGAUUGUCGCUUUUUCGAUCGCGCGUGCGCUUUGUUUGCGAGACAGCGUGUUUGCUGUGAAUAGCUUCAUUCUCGUUGACCAACGACAGCAAACUUUGUUGGAGUUGCAUAAAAUGUGACCGCGCUAUUGAUGCUGCGUUGCUGAUAGCUCUUUUUUUUUUUCCAGCUUUAUCGGACCGGCAGCAUACAAAGCUGUCAACCGAUAGAAUCCAGGCUGUCGCAAACAGACAGUGCAGGGGAACACGACCAGCGGCAAGAGACAAUGCGCGAACUCUCGAACACUGAGCAGGGUGGCGGCCUCAGCAAGCUCGACCGGCUCAAAGCCGUGCUCGAGGAAAGCAGGAGGAAGAAGGCGGCUAGCCCACAGGACGUACCGCCACCUCUGAUGCCGGCUGCCCUGCAAGGUGCUUCCUGCAAAGAGGCACUGCCAAACUGUGCCGUACCAGUGGCCAGCAACAACUGCAGUGAAAAGGACGCAGUUCACAAUAUACCAGUCAGAACUACAUCACCAGAACAGACAUCGGAAAAAGCAAAGCGGCUAAAGGAAUUGCUUGAAAGGCAAGCCCGAAAGAAAGCAACCAUGCAUUUGCUAAGCUCGCCAACACCCCCGGUUCUGGACCAGGUCUCGGAGCAUGGUGAAAAGAUGCAUGGUGAAUUUUCAAAGGGUGGUGAAAACUCGUCGGUGGCGCUCCCAUCCUCGGCGCUGCCCUCGAAGAAGGACAGCGAGUGCAGCAUUGGUCAAUUUCCGUGUUCAAGGCUUCCACUUGGCACUCGAGUUCCAGUUGUCUUCCUCAGGCUGGGAGAGGGAAAGAAGGUAAUCUACCUGCAAGAGAUGUCGGCUCUGCGGGACCUAGUCAAAAUGGUGAAGUGUUUAAACGCUGUGGCCUCCAAGGAGAGCCAACACAUCGAGGAGCCCGUUCCAGGUGCCCUCGUUGCCGUUCUGCAUGAAAAGGACUCGACAUGGUACCGUGGACAAAUUGACCCCGUUCAGUGUGACAAAAAGGAUCCAGCAAGCGGCGAUGGGUCAAUAAAGAAGGUGCGGGUGUGGUUCAUCGACUAUGGGCGCUGGGACGACGUACCUCUGGACUGCCUGCGCCCGAUGCCAAACACUUUCGAGCGGCUUCCCGGUUUUGCAAUUCCGACUACCCUGCACGGUCUGCGCAAGGUCCGGCUACCCAAGGACAUCGCUUUCGAAGGGAGUUUUUUCGAUGCCGAGGUUGUGACCGACGGUGACCAGCAGUCAGUCCGACUCUACAUCCGCAAUGACGACCUUUGUCUGAACGAUACGCUCGCUGUGUACGCAGAGUCAGCCAGCGGGCCGUCUGCGGCGUGACUGCUAUAUUCGAGGUCUGCUUAAAAGCUUAACAUUGCAACACUUUCAGAAUUGUGCUUAGGAGAAGAAAACGCAGUACUGUGAAGAGUCUUAAUGCAGUGUAAAUUAUCUCCUUUGGAUUCCUGAAAAGUGGUUGACUGUGUUUUGGUGCAUGUUGCAUUAACACAGCUUCUUCCUUUUACUUGCAAUAGUGAAUUUUAUACUUAGUGGUUGCACUGGUUUGUAAAUAUUUUCUGUCAAGUGCCUCUCGGAUGUCUAAGCACAAUUUAUGUUGCGAUAAUCAAUGUUUGCAUUUGUUCGUGUCAGCUUGUCUGAAGUCUAUAUUUUGUCUUGUGUCUAAUUGCAAAAAAUUAAUAGGGGGGGAAAUUUACAAUGACGGGCACCAAAAUCUCGGUGGCAACAGCCAUCACUCACAGAAUGCAUGCAAGAUGGCGCCACAGCCGACACAAAGGCUCGCAGCACAAGUUUUACCUUGUGACAUCGCGCUUGGCAAACUGUUGCGCUACAAAAAAGAAGUGCCAGCUCACGCUGUCGCAAAUUGACAGCUGGUACCAUUCCACUUCCUGUAAUUGUGUUGUAUUGUGCCACUGUUUGUGUUUUAGUUAUUGAACCAGGUUUUAGAGCUAGAGUGGCAGAACUAAAAAAAAAUCGGGUGAGUAUGUCCUGUUUAAAAUGCCAUAAUUCUUGUUCUGGCAAAACACGGGGAAGGCUGUAGAUGGAAAUUCAAGACGAUGAGCGAAACGAGAACAAGGUGAAAGCAGGAGCCAACGUUUCGACAAGUGGACUUGUCUGCUUCAAGGCGACAUAUGCAAAGCAAUAUAUGUUGCCUUGAAGAAGACAAGUCCACUUGUCGAAACGCUGGCUCCUGCUUUCACCUUGUUCUCGUUUUGCUCAUCGUCCAUAAUUUUUGUUCUGUCACUCUUGUCCUAAUAUGCCUUUAGUGUAGUAUAAUUUAAACUUCUUAACUCUUUCUUUACCACUAGAAAUGUGCUCAUUUUUGGUGCCUUUAUGUUUGAAAUUUUUAUUUCAUGACGCAGUUGUUGCAACCUAUGCUGCGACACAAAUUUAUGGCCUGAUCAUUGGUGUUUUGAAUGGAUGCGUACCAGUAAUAACUUCCCAGACAAUUUUUGAGAAUCCUUACGCGAAAGUUCAAAGAAGCACCUCAAGGAACACGAUUGAAAGUAAUAAUUUGCUAUUUUUAGUACAAAUGCUGAGCAAACAAAAAAUUGGAAAUAUGCAAAAUGUGCACCUUGUUCCUAGUUCCCGACUUUUGCAAAUCUUAUCGCUCAUUAGAAUUCAUAUGAAGAUUUGUUGGCAUCUGUACUAGCUGUAGCGAUGUCCAUGCUAUGCGGGCAAGCAUUAGCUUCACGAAUGUGAAAAUGGGCACGUUCCUAUUUGUUUUUACUCAUAGCAUUUGUUUUUAUUCAUUGCAGCAGGCACCUGCUUUCUUUUGUACUGCAUGCUUUAGGCUCGCAAAGCAAUGGCUGCCAGAUUAAGGAGCAUGCAGAAGCCUCAUGCUUGAUUAUUGAGCUCGAUCACCUUUUCUGUGUAAGCAGGGUGUUACAGUGCGUUGCACUGGCACUCUGUAAGGUGCCACUGUGUUAGCAAGGUGUUACACUAGUACUGAAGCCUCCCUAUGCUCUGUACAGUGCUGUACAGUAAUGUGGCACACUGCACAGUACUGUGCAGUAAUGAAUUCCGCUUUCACAUGCAGCAUUCAAAUUGUAAGAAAUCGGACAGCCAUUCAAGUGUCAGUCAAGGUUGGUCUGAAAUAGACUGAGUGCUGGGACGGAUUGCUUGUAGUAACAUUUACAUACACUGUCAAAGCGCUGAUGGAUCAAGGUAAGCCAUGAUGGGGGGGGGAAAAAUAGUUGCACUUGAUAUUGGUCUAACACAGUUAUCAAAAUAACAUGCACUCAUGACCAUCCACUGUUGUUGAGACAUUGUUAAAACAGCCUAUAUGUUGGAUCAGAAAAUGCAAAACUGGUAACCCAAGAGAAGUUUCUGUGUAUUCACUGCUGCUGUCAUUUAAACAUUGCUGCUGAGUCAACCAAAGCGCAAGUUUCAGAUCUGUUUGUUUGAAAAAGUGCUAGGAGCACUGUAAGCUAGUUUUGACGAUACCUCCAGUCGAAACUUUAUUUUUCCGGAAUCGCCAAUGUGCCAAAUAUUCUCAAUUCUGGCAAAUAGUAAGAGUUCAGUCAUCAUUUCAGAUGGCGCAUAAUGUUGCAAGUAGAAUAAUUCCAAUAGAAAUGUUUAACAACCCAUUGAAAACCUGCAUAAUAUUGAUCAAUUUCUAUAGGCACUGUAACAAAAGAGUUCAUUCUUGCUGUUAUGCUUAUUAUGGUGCACGGUUGUUGAGUGGUUUUGCCAUUUUGAUGAUGCAUGCUGAAUGAUGUCAGUGUUGAGUAUGAUGCAUGCCCCUUCUGAGAAAUCUACACCUUUUCUUUUCCUAUUACAUUUUUUUAGAUGCAUGUUAAAUCAGAGUAUAAUGUGAUAUACUGUGACUGCUACACAUCAAUACAAGCACACUGAAGUGACAAGUUGCUAUGAUCUGAUCAACUACUACAAUCUGUCUAGCAGUAAAACAGUGCUUUUUAAUCGCGUGAAAUGGAGUCCAGCCUCUCAUCUCGUCAUUGCCCAUCUUUCGCACUGCCAAGAGUCAAUGACUAAACUUCUGACAGUUCACUCAUUUCUCAUGCAAUUAGGAAUGCACUGUUUAUGCGUAAAUGAAUCGUAUGAUUCAACUGCAAAAACUUACCUUCCCAGAAGUAGAAAAUUCCAGCAUCCUUAAGUGGUGGCGGUGAAUGUAUAGCAUUGGAAAUAGUUAAACAUAUGUGCAAUAAUAACCGUCCUUCAAUGGCUGACCUGCGAGCAGUGUUCCUAUUGACAUGAGCACACCAAGGCAUUUCUUAAAGAUACCUAGUACUUUAUAUUUGUCAGUGGUACUGUUAGUGUUGUUGAAUAUCCUCGUCCAUUUGUACAGUCAGCAUGAAUCUGUGAAUGUAAUGUACUAGAACGAAUUAAAAAAAAAUUGUAGAACUUC